AUGUCAAGACGAGGACUGACGAUUGCCGGACUGGCUCUUGCUGGCGGUGCCGGAUACUAUCUCUACUCGGCAGGUGGUGAUCCGAAAGUGGCUCAGAAGAACUUGGAAGCCGACGCCCAUAAACUCUCGGCCGAAAUCAAGCACGAUCUCCCCGGCAAAGGAAAGGAGGCAGAGAAGAAAGGAGAAGCUUUUGCAUCACAGGCCGGCAGGGAAUUCGACAGAGCUUCUGCAGAUGCCAAAGCUAGACUUGCCGAAGCCGAAGCCAAAGCAAAGGAAGUCAGCCAAAAGACAGGCACACAGAUCAACAGUGCCAUCGACAAGUUUGACAAGACGGUGGAAGACAAGGCGGCCAAGGCAAAGAGCGGGAUCAGCAGCUGGUUCGGUGGAAAGUAA